GACAAACUAAGCUCUCUUGACUUUCUGUCUCCCUUUGCUCUCCACAAUGAUGCAAUCUGGGACUAAAAGAUCUUGUUGUGUCCUUUUAGCCAUUUUCAUGACAAUUUCUUGUCUAUGUUUUGCUACCUCAUCAAAGAGUAUUCUCCAAACCUUUACAACUAACAAGAACUUGAAGUGGAAAAAAUGGCAAAAGAAAGUCUGCAAUAUGUAUCAAGGAAGUUGGGUUCAAGACAUGUCGUAUCCUCUCUACAAUUCAUCUGCAUGCCCUUUUAUUCGCAAGGAAUUUGAUUGUCUAAAAUAUGACCGACCUGAUCACCUCUACCUUCAAUAUAGAUGGCAGCCUAAUGCCUGUGACUUGCCCAGGUUUGAUGGUAAACAUUUCCUGAAGAAGUUGAAGGGCAAGAAGAUCAUGUUUAUAGGGGACUCUGUAAGUCUAAACCAUUUUGAGUCACUAUUAUGCUUGCUUCAUGCAGCUGUGCCUGAUUCCAUUAUCACAGAGGAGACAAACAACUCUGGCAGUACAGUGACAUUCCAGGAUUACGGUGUGUCUGUAAAGCUGUUCAAUUCUCACUACUUGGUAGACAUCGAACAAGAAAAAAUCGGCCGGGUGUUAAAACUUGAUUCGCUCAAGGAUGGAAACACUUGGAAGGACAUGGAUGUUCUAGUGUUCAAUACCUGGCUUUGGUGGUACAGGAGAGGACCGAAGCAACCAUGGGAUUAUGUUCAAGAAGGUGAGACCAUAAUCGAGGACAUGGAUCGCAUGGUGGCUUUCCGGAAAGGCUUAACAACAUGGGCAAAAUGGGUUGAUUCUGAUGUUGAUACAUGUAAAACCAAAGUUAUUUUUCAGGGAAUUUCUCCAUCCCAUUACAAUGGAGUGGAAUGGGGGAAACCAGGAGUUACAAACUGUGGAAAGGAGACAGAGCCAGUUAGUGGAUCAACUUACCCUGGUGGCUCACCACUGGCAUUGCAAGCAUUAGAAGAUGUGUUAAAUACUAUCAAGAAACCUGUUCAUUUGCUUAAUAUAACAACUCUUUCACAGCUAAGAAAAGAUGGACAUCCUAGCUCUUACAAUGGCUUUAGAGGCAUGGAUUGUACUCAUUGGUGUGUCGCAGGAGUUCUAGACGCUUGGAAUGAACUUCUCUACAUAGCUAUUAUCAGUUAGAAGAAAAAAUUACAGAUGUUAGUUGCUCGCAUUUUAUAGCAUGGCCAUUGAAACUAGCCAGCUAGCUGCCAUCAGUCUCAUAGCAUAUUCCUUGAUAUAUCCUGUGUGUUCCGUCUUUUUUUUUUUCUGAUUAGAAUAAUUUCAUUGAUUUGAAAUA